AUGGGAAAAGGAGGAGGCUGUGUUCCCAGCAAGAAAAAACAACCACUCGUGGCCGAUGAUUCUCCGCCGCGAGCCGCCCAAGAAUCCGAGGAAUCAAUCCAGGAAACAUCGUCAACCGAGACAAAACUCAGGGUCUUCAUCGUCUUCUACUCCAUGUACGGCCACGUGGAAGGGUUGGCGAAGAGAUUGAAGCAAGGCGUGGACGCUGUCGAUGGAGUGGAAGGGGUCUUGUACAGAGUACCUGAGACAUUGUCGAUUGAGGUCUUGAAUCAGAUGAAAGCGCUUCCGAAAGAUGAAACUAUUCCGGUUAUUUCGCCGGAGGAGCUUCCUGCUGCUGAUGGUGUUUUGUUUGGGUUUCCGACUAGGUAUGGCUCCAUGGCGGCGCAGAUGAAGGCUUUCUUUGAUUCCACUGGGAGUUUGUGGCAGGGGCAGAAGCUGGCCGGAAAACCUGCAGGAUUUUUUGUUAGUACUGGCACUCAAGGUGGCGGUCAAGAAACUACUGCUUGGACGGCAAUCACUCAACUGGCUCAUCAAGGAAUGCUAUUUGUUCCUGUUGGAUAUACAUUUGGACCUGGAAUGUUCAAUUUGGAUUCCAUUAGAGGCGGUUCUCCAUAUGGUGCUGGAGUGUUUGCGGGUGAUGGCACAAGAGAGCCAAGUGAAACAGAGCUUGCACUCGCUGAGCAUCAGGGCAAAUAUAUGGCUGCCAUUGUCAAGCGGCUCGCUAAGUCCUGA